AUGGUCAUCAUAUCACUGUAUGUUGAUGAUAUUCUCAUCACUGAAAAUGAUGAACAAAGAAUGGAGAAACUCAGAACACAAUUAGAGCAGGAAUUGAGAUGUCAAAUCUUGGGAGAGCGACUAUUUCUUGGAAUGGAGAUCGCGCAAUCUGAGAAAGAGAUCUUCAUAUCACAAAAGAAGUAUGCGAGGGAAUUGCUCAAAAAAUUCAAGCUUGAAAAUUGCAAAGUCGUUUCUACCCCUCUCAUACUACAUAUUGAACCGUCAAAAGCUAAAGAAGAAGAAAUGGUGUAUGAGAAAGAGUUCAGGAGUAUAAUUGGCAGCUUACUCUACCUAACUGCCACUCGACUAGAUCUAACUUAUGCAAUCAGCCUGUUAUCUCGGUUUAUGAAUUCAGCAAGACAAUCAUACAUGGAAAUAGUUAAACAUAUCCUAAGAUAUGUAAGAGGAACCACUGAUCUAGGAAUCCAUUUUCAAGCUCACACAGAAGGAGAACUUCUAGGAUAUACGGACAGUGAUUGGGUAGGAAGUGUGGAGGAUGCUAAAAGCACAUCGGGGUAUGUUUUUUCACUUGGUUCUGAUGCAUUUUCAUGGUCGUCAAAGAAGCAAGAAAUUAUUGCACAAUCAUCUACAUAA